GGACUCAACUAACUCUAAAGACUCUGAAAACUUAAAGAAGUGUAUACUUCAGAGACUUUUAAGACUUUUAAGAGUUUAGUUGCUGCUGUUUUUCGCAUCAGGACAUCACACACUGAUAAGGAUGUCUUCCUUCAUGUGCAGGACUCUGACUUUACUCAUCAUCUGCAUGGCUCUGCAAGACGGUUGUGGACACCCGUUAUCAGAGCAUCACGUCAGGACCAAACGCUGCUCCUGCAACAGCUGGGACGAUAAAGAGUGCAUCUACUUCUGCCAUCUGGACAUUAUCUGGGUCAACACGCCCAGUAAACUCCUUCCUUAUGGUCUUGGAAGUCCCCUGUCGCGUCGCCGCCGUUCAGCCGAGCGUUGCGAAUGUCUCAACUCGGCCGAUAAAACCUGUUCCAGGUUCUGCCAAAAAAGCUCAGAGAAACCAAGGAGGAAUAUCGUUGGACCAUUGGUGGAUUCUACAAGUACAAACAGCAACAAGCUGCUGGCAUCUUUCAGAUCUAGAGUCGAGACCAACACUGUGAUCGCCAAAUACUUUCUGUCUAUGAAACCCAGAGGAGUAAAAACUGGCUGAAGAGCAAAACAACAGAGAGGUAGAGGACCAGAAGAAGUUCAACCUCAAUGGGCCGGAGACCCCACGGUUCGAGAACUCAUCAAGAGUCUUACCAACUCUUGGGAUGUAGAGGGGGAAUGGUAAAAGGAAAAGAGGCAGUGGAUCGAGAACUUGGUCAACAAAAACCAAGCCUCGGAGGCCUGGCACCAGGAAACAAAGCUGGGUGGAGACGUUUAGAGUCGCUUAUUGAACUCUCUUUGAACUUUUUAACAGCAGAUGCCAAGAAAGGAUCCAUUAAAGCCAAGGACAUGGAAACUGGUGUCUGGCCCUUUGGGGAACUACCAAUAAACAACAAUCAAGACAUGACUAUUGUUCAGAGGAGGAA